UUUAUUCAACAGAGGAUUGGAUUCUUCAGAAGUUUUUGAGAACUCACAAAAUGAACAUGAAGAAAAAGCAGAACGUAUUUUUGAGUGCAAGAAAGGAAAUGAAGUUCAUCUCAAGGCUGUUUACACAGAACUGUUCAUCACAGAGGGCGAUAUGAAAGAUGUCUAUCAGGAACGUGAGAUUCUGAAGAUUGAUGAUGCUUUCAGGAAGAAACAAACACAGGACAAACCAAUCAAUUGCAAUAAAUUGUUUACAUUAUUAAGGGAAAAUAAUGAGGAAAAGAUUGUGCUGACUAAAGGCAUCGCUGGGAUUGGAAAAACUGUCUCUGUGCACAAAUUCAUCCUGGACUGGGCUGAAGGAAAAGCCAAUCAGGAUAUACACUGUGUGUUCCUGCUCCCAUUCAGAGAGAUUAACAAGAUUAAGAAAAGAAAGGUCAAUCUUCAUGAAUUCCUACUGGAAUUUUAUGAUGAAUUGAAGGACCUGGAGAAAUCAAAGUUAUAUACAAAAUAUAAACUUGCAUUUAUAUUUGAUGGACUUGAUGAGAGUCGAAUGCCUUUGAAAUUUGAAAGUGGAGCAUUGAAGAUGGUUGAGAAAAGAUCGUCUGUAGAUGUGCUGUUUACAAGUCUGGUCAAAGGUAAACUGCUUCCAUCAGCUCUUGUCUGGGUGACAUCACGACCAGCAGCAGCCAAUCAGAUCCCUCCUGAGUAUGUGGGUUUAUUUACAGAGGUGCGAGGAUUCACUGACCAACAGAAGGAGCAGUACUUCAGAAAGAGAAUCACAGAUGAGAAUCUGGCCUGCAAAAUCAUGUCACACAUUAAGACGUCUCGUAGUCUCUACAUCAUGUGCCACAUUCCUGUGUUCUGCUGGAUCACGGCCACAGUACUUCAAAAUAUUCUCAUCAAGAGCAGUGAAGAGAACAUCAGCACAACAAUGACUGAAAUGUACAUUCACUUCCUGCUGAUACAGAUGAACAUGAAGAGCCAGAAAUAUGAUGAAAAAGCAGAAAGACAACGCACAAAGCUUUUAAGUUUAAAUAAAGAAAUGAUUUUGAAGUUAGCCAAGUUAGCAUUUGAACAACUGAAGCAGGAAAACAUUGUGUUCUAUGAAGAAGAUCUGAAAGCAUGUGGUAUUGAUGUGAGUAAAGACACUGAGUUCACAGGAAUGAUAGCUGAGAUCUUUAAGAUGGAAUAUGGACUUCAUGAGACAAAAGUUUACUGCUUUGUGCAUUUGAGUGUUCAAGAGUUUCUCGCUGCAGUGCAUGUGUUCAUCUGCUACCUGAACAAGAACAUGCAGGAGCUUCAGUUUUUCUUUGACAAGCCAGAAGAAAAUAUUACAUUGCAGAAUCUACUGCAGAAGGCUGUUGAUAAAGCCAUGGAGAGUCAGAGAGGACAUCUGGACCUGUUCCUGCGGUUUCUAAUGGGCAUUUCACUGAAAUCCAGUCAAAACCUGCUCCAAGGCCUGAUCACACACACUGAAGACACCACAGAGAACAUCACGAAAACAGCUAAUUACAUCAAACAAGUACAAAACAGGAAUAUAUCAGCUAAAACCUCAGUCAAGCUAUUCUACAUUAAACAAGUAAAAAGCAGGAAUAUAUCAGAUGAAGAUUCAGUCAACCUAUUCUACUGCUUACUUGAGCUCAAGGAUCAUUCAUUAUAUGAGGAAAUACAGAGUUACCUCAGCUCAGAUGGACAUCCAGGAAGAGACCUCUCAUCUUCAAUGUGCACAGUGCUGACAUAUGUACUGCUGAUGUCAGAGAAGGUGCUGGAUGAGUUCAACCCAAAGAGGUUCACGUCAUCACGAGCAAACUACAAGAGACUCAUCCCAGCUGUGAGAUGCUGCAGAAAAGUGCUGCUGUGUGGGUGUCGUCUCACUGCUCAGUCCUGUGAAAGUGUGUCUUCAGCUUUACAGUCAUCAAACUCUGUCCUGAGAGAGCUGGACCUGAGUAACAAUGACCUGCAGGAUCAUGGAGUGAUGCUUCUUUCUGAAGAACUGAAGAGUCCAAACUCUAAGCUGGAGAUAUUGAGGUUUUCCAUGUGUAAUCUCACUGCUCAGUCUUGUGGGAGUUUGUCAUCAGUUUUAAAAUCCUCAAACUCUGUCCUGAGAGAACUGGAUCUGAAUAACAAUGGCCUGCAGGAUUCUGGAGUGAUGCUUCUUUCUGAAGGACUAAAGAGUCCAAACUGUCAGCUGGAGAUACUGAGGUUGUCUGGCUGUAUGGUGACAGAGAAAGGCUGUCAUUAUGUGUCUUCAGCUCUGAGUUCAAAACCCUCACACCUGAGAGAGCUGGAUCUGAGCUACAAUCACCCAGGAGAUUCAGGAGUCAAGCUGCUCACUGAAAAACUGGAGGAUCCAAACUGCAAACUGGACAAACUCAAUGUGGAUCAUGGAGGAGAAUCCAGGAUUACAGCAGGACUGAAGAAAUAUGCCUGUUUUCUCACACUGGAUCCAAACACAGCAAACACUGAACUCAUUCUGUCUGAGGAGAACAGAAACGUGACACAUGUGGUUGAGUAUCAGUCAUAUCCUGAUCAUCCAGACAGAUUUGAUGGUGUGUAUCAGGUGUUGUGUAGAGAAAGUGUAUGUGGACGCUGUUACUGGGAGAUUGAGUGGAGUGGACGUGUGUUUAUAUCAGUGUCAUAUAAGAGCAUCAGCAGGAAGGGACGGGAUGAGUGUCGGUUUGGAUCUAAUGAUCAGUCCUGGAGUUUGAUCUGCACUCCCUUUAGUUACUCAUUCAUACACAAUAACACAGAGACUGAUCUCCCUGUUGUGCCCAUCAGCAGUAGAAUAGGAGUGUCUGAUGUUGAUGAUGAUGAUAUCUAUAGAACAGGAGUGUAUGUGGAUGUGAGUGCAGGAACUCUGUCCUUCUACAGCGUCUCCAGAAACACAAUGAGUCUCAUCCACACAGUCCAGACCACAUUCACUCAGAUGCUCUAUCCUGGGUUUAGUGUUUAUUCUGACUCCUCAGUGAAACUGUGUUGAUGAAUCAGAAUAGACUGAUGAGAGAUUCUACCCAUAAUGCUUUGAGUUGCAUGAUAAAUCAGUGACAGUGGCUGCAUCCGCAAAGGCAUUGAGUAGGUUUCUUAAUUUUUAAUAAGUACCUACUUAACCAGCACUAAAGGAGUAGGUACUCAACAGCCAAAUCUCGUUGAUUAUGAAUGCGAUCCGCCAUGUUGAUGUUAUCAUCUGACCUAUGACGUUAACACAAGUGCAACAGCUUAAAAGAUAUGAGCGCCUGGUUUAAUUCAUCUAUUUGUAAAUAUUUUGACAAUUAUAAAAUUUGCUAAUUUUGUGGUCUUGCUAAAGAAACAGCAGCCAUUUUAUUGUGAUUGUAUAACCAAUACAUUUUCGGUUGAUUUAAGUUUUUGUAUUUUUAACAAUACUAAUAUGACCCACAGAUUAAUCCUUAACGAUAAUUAUUUUUAUUAUGAAAACCCAAAAUGCUAUUUCUGGAAUGUGUUAUUAAUUUCUUUAUUUUAUGUGCAAAAUUCUUCAUUCACAUGCAAAACUUAAAAACAUAAAUCUCUUGUUUUCCUCUUUUUCUUGUUGAAUUUCUCUCUCGGUUCAUCACAGAGGCUUAUAAAUAACAAAAACAAUACAAUUUUUAAUGCAUUAUGAUUAUAUGAAUAUAAUGAUUUUGUAAU